AUGACCGCCAAUCGAGUCAAGGUACGCCUUGUCCCCGGCUGCUCCGACGGCGAUCCUCUCCAUGUCCCUCCUCCGGGAGCUCAUACCCAGCUUGAUCCACCGACUCUUUACCUCGAGAAGAUCGGCCAGCAAUGGAUGGAGAGUCGAGAUGAAGCUAAGCCGGGUGUGCAAUACAUCCUGGAAGACCUGCCCUUUGGUUACACCCUUUGGCAUCGUCCACGACCAUCUAAACCAAGCCAUUUCGACAAGUACCUGUAUGGCCAUCCUGGAAAGAAAGCAUUCGACUCGCCGAACAGAUUCUUUCCACAUUUUCUGCAUCUGAUGAACAACAACGGCAACAGCAUUGGCUGUCCAUUUGCACCGCCGCCGCCUAGUCUGGCACCACAGCACAAAGGUCGGCCAAAGAAGAUAACUCCUGGUCUCGACAGGACGAACGUGGACAGUGAGGGCACUCCCGACGUCUACAGGAAUCUCAUCGAUAAGCUUCGCCGGCAUCGCGAUGUGGACGAGCCCAUACUUGAGCCCUUAAGUCCAGACUGGCGCGCUGAACAAGAACACCUUCGAAACUUUCAGGCCGAAAUAAAGAGACAAGACCAAUGGGUUCCGCGGACUGGAGACAUUGUCCUGUACAUACGCAACAUGCCCGACACCGUUGAAUUGGUACGAGACAACACCACCGGUGAGCUUCAGCUGUACGAUGAGCGGCGCAAGCAGCAUCUCGGUAUCCCACAAUGGGCGGCAGGCCUGGUUACUGAGCCGGCUACUGGUACUACGGUCGCCGAGCUCGCUUCUACUCAGGAGCGCAAUGUGUCCAGCAUAGGUGUACGUGUCGAACCGAUCCCAAACCCCAACGAUCCGGACAAGUCGCUUUCUAAGAGACACAAGUACGUCUUGUUGCGACAGACAAGCCCGUUCGUCAUGUGGAGAGAUCUCUUGCGCCGCAUCCCUCAAGAAGACUGGCAUGACACUGUCAAGAACGCUCUCGCCCUGAUGUCGACGCUCUCUCUCAUGGGCAAGUAUCGAUUCCGAGGAUCCUGGCCUAACGCGAGCAUAUACUGCCACGGCAUCUACGUUGGCGCUGAGAUGCUCGCUGUUGGGGACACAGUUCGUCUUCUUCCCAACAAGCAGUCUGGUCAAUCUGGCUGUACGGACGUCAUGAGCAUCAAAUCGAUUCGAUUGAAAUGGACCAACCUGGAUAAGGCUUCCGACAAUGACUAUGACGAGGGACGGCCCUACAACUCCGAGAUAUGGAUCUAUGGCUCAGCGUACACCAGCGACGGCUCACGGUCUAAUAAGCAAUGGGUGACAGAGCAUAACGUCGAAGCCCCGAGAGUGGCCAAUGACUAUGCGGACUGGUAUCCAUUGCACCCUGCUGACAAAGAGCUGGCUAUCCCCUACUCACGCGUCCUUGGCCGUCUGCAUGAGCAGGACGCCCUGGCUUACUUUCUCAAAUCCGAUCACGACCCUCCCGGACUUGACAUUGGUCGACAAGCCGUCACUGAAGCGCGCGCCUUUGCUCGGAAACACGACAAUCGUAUAGCAGCAGAGUCUGAUGCCACCUGGUAUUGGGGAGACGACCGAGCCGAUGCUCUCAAUCUCCACACCAUCAACGGUCUCGACGUGUCGCGCUAUGACCUCGAUCGCGAUGUCAAAGAUCUCCGCCGCAAGUACCGCCAACUAGAUGGUAUCGCCAAAGCAGACGCGAAGCCUACAGGUCAAGACAUACUCAACGGCAGGGGAUUGCGUACCUUCAUGGCGCCGGCUUUGCCACUCCGCACGAGCGGCGCGAAGGCACAAAGCGAAAGCGGAAGCUCGAUGGCAAGCGAAAGCCACGCGUCUCGAAAGCGCACGCACAUCGUCGACCUAGAUGACGAGGAUGACACUGAGGAGGAUGACAUCGACGAAGAGAUCAGAGAGCACACCAAGGUUGUGCAAGAUGACCGCGAACGUCCGAAGAAGAAGCCGAAGGUGAUGGUGGUCAUCGACUGA